CGUGCAUGCCACGUGAACUUCAACACUCUCCCCAAAAGAGAUUUUUCUGCAAAAAAAAAAUCCCUAAAGAAUUCACAUUCCGUACACCAACUCCCCCUCUAACGGUCAUAUUUCACCGACAACACUCCAACGGUCACAAAGACUAUUAUUCUCCAUCGUCAGAUCUGAAAAUCCAACGGUUAGAAAAAACGAAACUUCCUUAGUCUUCUCGAACUGUCCCUUUUUUCUAUCAAAUGAAUCCCAGUAACCCAAAAAAAGAAAAAAUUAAAAAGAAAAGGAAAGCAAUGAUCGAGACGUGAAGGUGAAAGUGGUAGUAGUAAGCUGUGUAGAGUAGUAUUCGAUAGCAGUAGCAGUAGUAGAGAGAGUUAAAGAUGAGCAUGAACCAAGAAACAUUGUAAAAGCUUUAGCUUUACUAGUAUAUAAAAACACAAACCUUUUCUGGUUUAUGGUUUUUUUGGGUUGUGAGCUUUGAGAGAUUUUUCAUUGUUGCUUGGUCGUUUUUCAGUUUGUUUUCAUGCAUGUUUAGUUGGUUUUCAAAGCUGGGGUUUUUGAGUUUGGUUUCUGCUUCAGCUACCAUGGAGUCGUUGGAAACCUCAAAAGGUGAGAUGGGCAUCAAAGUUUUUCAGGAUUUGCAGUUCAGGUUUGAAAAUGUAGGCGUUUUUGUCUCCAAUAUUGAUGUUUUUUACACUGUUGAUUAUAGCCUUUUGGAAUGAGUUGUUUGUGAAGGUUUGGGAAUCCGAUGAUCGUUUUCUGGUAGAUGUUUUAAUUAGUUUAGUCCUUAACAAUUCUUUGAUUCUUUCUAGGGUGUUUCUUUUUUUUUUUUUUGCAUUUUCUAAUUAAUACUUCAUUGCAUACACAGACGUUGUUCAUAUAGGAACACCUGAAUAAAAAAAAGUUUCCAUUUUCAAUAUUCUUUGAUUUGUUUCUGUAUUUUUCAUCGGAUUCCUUUUUAUUUUAUUUCUUUUGGUUUCUGGAAAAUUCACACACUCACUUAGAAUUUGUCUAUCUCUCUAGAUUUGAUUUUUUCCAAGUAUACUUGCAAAGUUUCAUAUGAACACAUAGGACGUCAUACAUAAAAAAGAGAAAAAGAAAAUUCAUACAUUGCAUAUUUUCAAAACUUAUAGAAACAAAGAGAGAUAGGGAAGAAAUAGAGAAAAAAAACUGGGGGAGGGUGAAUUGAAAAGAAAAAUAAAAAAGAAAAUAGGAAGGUUGUAGAGAAAUGUUGGCUGGGUGUUCUAGUUCUACAUUGCUGUCACCAAGGCAUAGAUUGAGGAGUGAAGCAUCUGCACAGUUUCAAGCUUGUCAUUUCCAGACUUCAAUGAGCACACAAAGAUUGGACUUGCCAUGUAGUUUCUCUCGUAAGGACACUUCAAGGUCACAGCCUAUUAGGCCUGUUGGCCUUUCCGUGGAGAAACCAACUGAAUCCAAGACCAGCGGUUGCUCUCUCAAGCAGAAUAUCCGGCUGCCGCCAUUGACGACUACUAGACAAAAUCCAUUUGAAGGAAGGAGAGAGAUCAAGGAUGAGUUUUGGAAGAAAGGUACAAGUUUGAAGAGGUUUGCUGAGCAAGGUUUAAUUGAUGAGUCAGUCAUUAACAGGGCAAAGAGGAAAAAGGGUAGCAGUGAUAAUGAGAUUUCUGGUCAUAUUCAUGAAUGUGGUGGUGAUAAUUUGGGUUUAGCCCAACUAGGUGCUGGAAAUUUUUGGUUCCAACAAAGUUUCGCAGGACAAAAUGCUCCUCAAGUUCCUUUUUCUCUGACUUGUUCAGGGGAUGAAGAAAGGGUGUAUUUUGUGCCUGGUGAAGUGAUUUCACCGCCUUUGCCAUUGUCAAACAAUCCUUGGAUCGAAUCGGUAAUAACUGAGAUCACUGAUGUCGGGGAAAAGGAUGUUGAGACAAUCCAUAGGCCGGCAAAGGAAGCUUCAGGAUCGAGCACUUCUUCAGAGAAUCAUAGCUUGGGACUUCGGUUAAAUGAACAAGCCGCAGAAUAUGAAGCAGGUAAUGGUUCUGGGAAUCCUUACCCGCAUGAGUAUGCUGGUUUGGGGGCUUAUGAGGAGGGGAACAGCCACGGGGAGCAUCAGGGGUUUGAGCUUGUCCACUUACUUACAGCUUGUGUUGAAGCAAUUGGAUCAAAGAACAUUGCUGCCAUCAACCAUUUUAUAGCGAAGUUGGGGGAUCUAGCUUCUCCAAGGGAAAGUGCUAUAAGUCGUCUAGCUGCUUAUUAUACUGAAGCUUUGGCUCUUCGAGUCACAAGGCUUUGGCCUCGUAUUUUUCAGAUCACAACUCCUCGAGAGCUUGAUCGGGCGGAUGAUGACAAUGGUACUGCGUUGAGGCUCCUGAAUCAGAUUAGCCCAAUUCCAAAAUUUGUUCAUUUCACAUCAAAUGAGAUAUUGUUAAGAGCCUUCGAGGGGAAAGACAGGGUUCACAUCAUAGAUUUUGACAUCAAGCAAGGGCUUCAGUGGCCUAGUUUGUUCCAGAGUUUAGCUUCAAGGACUAAUCCACCAAGUCAUGUUAGAGUUACUGGAAUUGGUGAGUCCAAGCAACAACUGAAUGAAACAGGAGACAGGCUCGCAGGCUUUGCAGAGGCAUUGAAUUUGCCAUUUGAGUUUCACCCAGUUGUGGACAGGUUAGAAGAUGUGAGGUUGUGGAUGCUUCAUGUAAAGGAGAACGAGAGUGUAGCUGUAAAUUGUGUGUUUCAACUGCACAAGACACUUUAUGAUGGAAACGGAGGAGCACUCAGAGACUUUUUGGGAGUUAUUCGUAGCACAAACCCUACUGUUGUCAUCAUGGCAGAGCAAGAAGCCGAGCAUAAUGUCCUCAGCUUAGAAGCAAGAGUUACCAACUCACUGAGAUACUACUCUGCCUUAUUUGACUCAGUUGAUUCUAGGCUUCCCUUGGACAGCCCGGUUAGGAUCAAAAUAGAGGAGAUGUUUGCACGGGAAAUCAAGAAUAUAAUUGCUUGUGAAGGAAGCGACAGGUUUGAAAGGCAUGAGAGUUUUGAGACGUGGAGGAAGUUGUUGGAGCAUGGAGGGUUCAGAUGCAUGGGGAUUAGUGAGAGGGAACUGCUUCAGAGCCAAAUGCUGUUGAAGAUGUACUCUUGUGAGAACUACAGUGUCAAGAAGCAAGGGCAGGAUGGUUCAGCGCUUACUCUAAUUUGGUUAGAUCAGCCACUUUAUUCAGUCUCAGCUUGGACACCUAUUGAUGUUGCAGGCAGCUCAUCCUCAUUUUCUCAGCCUAGUUGAUUGUUUCACAUUACUUUUUCUUACAUACAUACCAUCUCUUUUGAUGCAUACAGAAAGGAACACACAAUUCGUUGUAGGUAGAGAAAUCUGUCAUUAUUCUUUCAUUCUUUUCUUGCAGAUAAGAUUGGUCAGUCUAGCGCCAGUACCAUUUGUAUGAAUACAGUAGCUGCAUACUAGUCAGUUCUUUCCAGGACAGAUUUUAAGAUUUCGGUCUGUAGUAUUGGAGUCAAUCAAUUUGGUGUUUAUUCUUUGAUUCUUUUUGUAUCAUGAAAUUCUUUAUAGCUGUCAUUUCAUCUUGUUCAUUUCUUUAAUUUGUUGAAGAAUGUAGUUGGACAUGUAUCAUCAUCAUAUAUAAAAGGGAUUUCG